CACCGAGUCAUCGGCAGCCUCCCUCGAGGUCUGAGGUUCGCAGCUCCCCAUGGCUUCCUCAAUUGGGCUUACCCGGCAUCUUCACCGCGCAACAACGGCGCCUCGAUUCCAAGCCUACCACCGCUCGCUAGCCAUCUCAUACCACAGCAAAACCAGGAGCAGCAACACACAGUACCGCUCGUUUUCUCAAACAUGCGCGCCCAAAGCAAAAGGGAUCCCGCAGACAAUGACAAUGAAGAUUCCUGCCCAAGUCAGCCCGAAAAGCAGAAUGCGAGAAAUGUCGCCGGAUACCAUGCCUACAGAUUUUGGGUUGCUGCCGGGGACCUUUGUCAAACCAGAGGGGAAGGAUAUGCCUGCUUUUUUCAAAGAGCCACAACUCAGGUUGCGGAUGGAAUGGGUGUGGAUAAAACAAUGGGUUGCAAAUUUCAUUGCGACUAUUGCCUAUCAUAAAUACUACUUCAAGAAACUUCCACUCGAACUCAAAGAACGGAAAGGCAUCGCUAAAAGGCUUCAUCGGAUAAUGUACACAGAAUUCGCAGGCGGCAACGAAGCUGCUUUAAAAGAAAUAUGCUGCACCGGCCUCGAGACAAGCCUCCUCUCUCGUCUCAGACGCCGACCGGCCAAUGAGAAAGUCUCCUGGAAGAUGAGCUACAUCCGAAGCCCGUCGACAUUCUACACUGGCGCGCGAGUGGUUUCUGACCGCGCAACCAAGAUCCCCGAUUUACCCGACUCGGGUCUCCGUCAGGUCGUCGUGCGCAUUUGCAGUCACCAAAAUACAGCUUCAUACUCGGAGAGAUUAUCAGAGGAUAGAGAGCAAACUUUCGUCACACCCCGUACCGAGAAAGCACAGGCUAUUACAGAAUAUGUGGUUAUACAGAAAUUAAGAAUAAACGGCGAGGAUGUACCGUGGAAGAUUUGGGGGUUCACAAAGCCUACGACUGUGGAUGAACUGGACAGCCACCAUUUCUCAGGUGGGUUGUCUGCAAAGGAGCGAUUGGAAAUGAUGCAGGAAACGCUAUCUGGUAAGAAGUAAUCCGUCUCAUGGAAUGUCGUUUGUACAAUAUUGUAUAUCAUUAUAAUCAACAUUAGCCAUAUCCAGGGUUUCAUCGUCCAUAACCCUCAACAAA